AUGCGAGCUUCUGUAGUGGCAACUCCACCUUUUCUUGUGGAUGUCGCGGUCAAUCUGACAGACUGCGUUUUCCGCGGGGUGGGUUGGAAUGGCAAGCGACUGCACGAGGAUGAUUUUGAUUAUAUUUUACGGCGUGCCGCUGCCAAAGGUGUCCAUCAAAUGAUUAUAACGGGAACCAGCCUUCCGCAGUGCGAAAAGGCCAUUCGUCUAUGUCGUCAAUAUCCCGGGGUGCUUUUUUGUACGGUGGGUGUCCACCCCGCCCACACCGCGGAAUUUACCCGGCCUCUCGAUUUAGCGGCGAUUGGGCGGCUUGUCGACGAUGAAGCCGCCGUUAUCCUGCCAGGGGUGAACCCGAAUCCGAUUUCCGAAACCGAAGAAGCGAACGCGCAGGCUCGCCUGCGGUACCUCUUUGACUUAGUUGAACGCAAUCGUGAUGUGGUCGUCGGUGUUGGUGAGAUCGGGCUCGAUUAUGCCGAACUGUCCUGCUGCCCACGUGAAAUCCAGGAACGGUAUUUUAUCGAGCAACUUCGGCAUUUCGCCCCGCUCGGACUGCCCUUUAUUUUUCAUUCUCGCGAGUGCGGGAUGCGAUUGGUGGAGGUGUUAAACGCGGCGAGGGAUGCGCUGUCCCCCUUCGGCCCUCCCCUCCGCGGGGUCGUGCACAGCUUUAACGGAUCCCACGAAGAGCAAGCGGCGUGGUUGAAAAUGGGCUUUUACCUCAGCCUCAACGGCAGCGCGUUUCGCGAGGAGAAACUUGCAAGGCGGCUCGUUUCGCACCUCCCGCGCGAGAGGCUUUUGCUGGAAACGGAUGCCCCUUGGUGCGAUCUCCGCCGCGGCGAUUACGGCGCCUCGUUUCUUUCCACCACCUUCGAUACGACCGCGCGAAGGGCGCCUUUUGAGCUGGGGAAAUGCGUGGAGCGGCGAAAUGAGCCCUGCCAUCUCGUCCAAAUCCUCGAGGCGUAUCUCGGCGCGAGGAAGGAUGCCAUACAGAAAAAGGAGUUUUCAUCCCAAGGGGAGUCGUCCUUAACUUGCGAGGAGUUCACUAAGGAAGAACUCACGCGUGUUUUGCAUGAAAAUGUAAAGGCGCUUUUUGGUUUGUAA